GUGUUGAGUUCAGCAGCCGCCGGUGAUCUCUGCGGCACGGAUCCGGUCGCCGUGAUUGAUUUGAUCGAUUAGAGGUCAUUGAUGUGUGCUGUAGGCCGCGGCCCGUGAACACGCUCCGUCAGGACGGAAGCGGACGUCAGUGGGAGCACCGUUACCGGAGAGGAUGAGACGCGACUCGUGAUGGAGGACUGGAGCGACUGUUUGGAUGUGGCCGUGCAGAUCGCGCUCAGGGCCGGACAGGUGGUUCAGUCAGCGGUGAAGCAGGAGAAGCAGGUGAGCAGCAAGAGCACACCAACAGACCUGGUGACGGAGGCAGACCAUCAGGUGGAGGAGCUCAUCAUCUCCACCCUCAGGGAGAAAUACCCCUCACACAGGUUUAUCGGUGAGGAAUCGUCUGCUGCUGGAGUGAAGUGUGAACUGACAGACCACCCUACGUGGAUAAUCGAUCCCAUCGACGGGACGUGUAACUUUGUGCACAGUUUCCCCAUGGUGGCAGUGAGCAUCGGCUUCGCUGUAAGGAGAGAGCUGGAGCUCGGCGUCAUCUAUCACUGUUUCGAUGGGACUCUGUAUACGGCCAGGAGAGGACACGGAGCCUUUUGCAACGGUGUGCGCCUACAGGUGUCAAAAGAAAAAGACGUGUCGAAGGCCCUCAUUCUCACAGAGAUCGGCGCCAAGAGAGACCCUGCAACCCUGGACAUCUUUUUAGGAAAUAUGAAGAAGAUGUUGAGCGCCCCUACUCACGGUGUGAGGAUCAUCGGCAGCUCGACGCUAGCGCUCUGUCACAUCGCUAGCGGCGCGGCCGAGGCCUAUUACCAGUACGGUCUGCACUGCUGGGACAUCGCAGCGGCCGCGGUCAUCAUCAGAGAGGCCGGCGGACACGUCAUGGACACCACAGGAGGCCCGCUCGACCUCAUGUCCAGACGGGUGGUGGCCGCUGGGACACGUCAGAUCGCAGACUAUGUGGUCAAGCAGCUGCAGCCCAUAAACUACGGCCGUGACGACACUGACCCCUGAGUGACCUCUGACCCCAUCCCAAGCCUUUUACCUCGGAGCACACAAUCCUGCCACAUCACAGCUGCAGUCUCCUUUUAACACCUCCAUCCGUUAACAUCCUCUGAUUUCUGUGUUACGUCACUGGAAACAUUGGUUUAAACACAGAUUAAUUGUAAUCACUGGAACCAUAUUUAACUUUGUCCACCUUGUAGUUUAUGAAAUAGCUUGAUCCGUGGAAAUAAUGUUGGCAUGUGAAACACUGGACGUGGCUUCAGAUGCCUUGAAAUCACAAGGAUGCUGAUGAUGCCAAGCUCAGCCCGAUUGAUUUUACAUUAGGAGAUGGAAAUAUCUGCUUUGGAUCGAAGACGAGCAGCUGGUUAUGAUUCCUGCAGAUAUUACAGUCGUGAAAUACUCGCCGCUAAUCAGAUCAACACUCAGGAAUUAAACUGUUAGUUUAGAUGGAGCUGAAGAUUACCUAGCUGUCUGUGAACAAACGCUGAUCAAACCCUUCGCUAAUCAAUCAAACGUAUUCCUGGAAAAUAUCUUAACGUCAUUAAAUGUUUUUAAUGAAGCCUCAUCAAGGCUGUAUUUAUUUGAUCUAAAAACAAACUGUAAAAACAGUAAUAUUGUGAAAUAUUACAAUUUGGAAUAACUGUUAAAUGAUUAAUGAUUUCUGAAGAUCAUGUGACACUGAAGACUGGAGGACUGAUGCUGAAAAUACAGAUUUGAUCACAGAAAUAAAUUACACUUUAACACAGAUUCACACAGAAAACAGAUGAUUUACAUUAGAAUAAUAUUUCACAAUAUUACUCUUUUUUCUGAUUUUUUUGAUCAAAUAAAUGUAGCCUAAAUCUAAACAUUUAAAAACAUUAAUGUUUCCAAAUUUUUUUAAAAGUAUUGUACAUUAUAUACUAGUAUAACUAUAUAAAUUAUAUAUUAAAUUAUAUAUAUAUAUAUAUAUACUUCUUUUUUUUUUUUUGGCCUUUUGAAAGAUUUUGAAGAAAAAGGUAAACAUUUAUCUUGUUUUACACAUGUAGGAUUUUUCUUUCUGCUGGAAUACAUGUAAAAACUAUUGAAUAAUAAUAAUAAUAAAUCUCUAGUUCAUAGGUAAUUUGAUCAUAUGCAGAAGCUGAAAUUGAUCAUUUCUCAGAUCAGGUCGUCUAAAAUUCAUCACUUCUCCACCGAAACAAAUCCUUGUGGAUCUAUAGAAAGUUUCUGGACACACUGCAGUUUUAACCUGUAUUUUACCUUUUUAUGUGUGGGUUUUAUUGUUUUAAUACUGGAUGAUCUGCAGAUCUAAUAACUGUAUAAAUGCGUGGAGAUUUGAGUUGUUCACUGCCAGUUUUGAUCGGUUUUCCUGCUGUGUUGAUCUUGAUGUUAUCCUCUAGUUAGCCAAAUAUUAAAAACAUACACCUAAAUAAA